AUGGCAUCGCGUUGGGUCUACAUCGUCGCCUCCGUCGUGGCCGCCGUCGCCCUGGCUUCCGCCUCGCCGCUCGAUGAGGACGACUUCGCGUGGCAGGACGAGGCCGACGAGCGCGUGGCCACCUCCGAAGUCUCGCCCGCCAGGAUCGUCGAUGUCAUGGCCAAUAUCCUCGUCCGGAAGCUCAAAAUCAAGAACGAGGACAGCGUGAAGCAGCUCCGCGCCGUGCCCCUCAGCGGCAACCAGGAGUUCGACACGGACAGCGGCAAGAAGGCCAUCAGGAUCGAGAUCAGCAGCGCCUCCUUCACCAACAUGGGCAGCCUCAGGAGGUCCAGGAUGACCGCUCUGGAUGCUAACAGGCACCUGCUGUCCGGCAGCUUCAGCCUCGACAACGUCAAUGUGAGGGCAAACUACAAACUCUCCAUUGACAAGAUCGGCGAGGCCCCCGCCAACACGGCCACGGGCCAGGCCUCGUUGCUGGCGCAGAAGGUCUUUGCCGAUUUCGUGUUCAUGGUUGACACCGACGGCCUCCCGGUGGCCAUCCAGUCCUGGAGAGCUCGCGUGGGGAGGCGCACGUACCUCGGGACCCCGAACCUCGACGGAAAUCCUUACAAGGAUGUGUUCAACAGCGUCUUGGACAGCACUCUGAGGAGCCUCGUGGAAAGACUUGUCGAGAAGGACUUGUACAACCUCGUCAACAACCAGGUCGUCGGGAAAAUGGAACUGGAGUAGAUGAUCACCCGAGGAAUGGCAAUUAACAGGCGGUGGCGUAUUCACGUCCCCGACAUGUUUUGCGACGAUCAGCUGACGACCUCCGCUACGAACUGAUUUUUUUUUCUUUCUCUUAGCCUGUCUAGUUUGUAUACUUUGGUGAAAGUGUGUCAUCAGCUGCCGUUUCUAACACAAUGAGAUAACUAGUAUGUCCAUCAGUUUCUUGAAUAAAUAUAUGAAUUUA